UGCUCCAGACGUAGAGUGACAUCCUCAAAUGGAACCAAGGGCAAUGUGUGUUUUCCAAAUCACAGUAUAAUGAAGGCAUGUAAAUGCUGUUAUUGUGGAAAGUAUUUCAGAUACAAACCACAGCUUCUUGUACACCAAAAAAUACACAAAGCACAGAAGGCUUUUGAACGCUCAGAGUGUGGAAAGAGAUUCAGUGUGAAUUCCAGUUAUCAAAAGCAUCAAAGAACCCACAGAGGAGAGAUGCCUUUUGAAUGCUCAGAGUGUGGAAAGAGAUUCAGUUGGAAUGGCAGUCUUCAGCGUCAUCUAAAAAUCCACACAGGGGAGAAACGUUUUGAAUGCUCAGAGUGCGGAAAGAGAUUCUAUCGUAGUUGCGAUCUUCAACGGCAUCUAAGAAUUCACAGAGGGGAGAAACCUUAUGAAUGCUUGGAGUGUGGAAGGAGAUUCAAUCAGAGUGGCAGUCUUCAGCAGCAUCAAAGAAUCCACAGAGGGGAGAAGCCUUUUGAAUGCUCAGAGUGUGGAAAGAGAUUCAGUUGGAAUGGCAAUCUUCGGCAUCAUCUAAAAAUCCACACAGGGGAGAAAGCUUUUGAAUGCUCAGAAUGUGGGAAGAGAUUCAGUCUGAGUUCCAAUCUUCAACAGCAUCAAAGAACCCACACAGGGGAGAAACCUUUUGAAUGCUCAGAAUGUAGAAAGAGAUUCAGUCUGAGUUCCAGUCUCCAAAAGCAUCAACGAACCCAUACAGGAGAGAAACCUUUUGAAUGCUCAGAGUGUGGAAAGAGAUUCACUCGGAGUUGCAAUCUUCAACAGCAUCAAAGAACCCACACAGGGGAGAAACCUUUUGAAUGCUCAGAAUGUAGAAAGAGAUUCAGUCUGAGUUCCAGUCUCCAAAAGCAUCAACGAACCCAUACAGGAGAGAAACCUUUUGAAUGCUCAGAGUGUCGAAAGAGAUUUAGUCUGAGUUCCAAUCUUCAAAAGCAUCUACGAACCCACACAGGAGAGAAACCUUUUGAAUGCUCAGAGUGUGGAAAGAGAUUCAGUCUGAGUUCCCAUCUUCAAAAGCAUCUACGAACCCACACAGGAGAGAAACCUUUUGAAUGCUCAGAGUGUGGAAAGAGAUUUAGUCAGAGUUGCCAUCUUCAGCAGCAUCGAAGAAUCCACACAGGGGAGAAACCUUUUGAAUGCUCAGAGUGUGGAAAGAGAUUCACUCAGAGUUCCUAUCUUCAAAAGCAUCGAAGAACACACACAGGGGAAAACUCUUUACGUAUGGACCCCGAGAUUGAAGGAUUUGAGGUCGCUGGAACAACCCAUAAAAUUGGUUUAUUUGCAGACGACACAGUUAUAUAUCUAAACAAUCCACUGAAAUCGUUAUCUAAACUAAUGCAAGCAGGGAGUGGUGUUGAAUUGUGGGAAAGAGGUGUGCCAGAGAUCCUGCAUCAGGAUGCCAUGAACUCAGAGGAACACCGCCAGCGCUUCCGGCAGUUCUGCUACCAUGAAGCUGUUGGGCCCCGAGAGAUGAGGGGACUAUCUGUGAAGAUGGAAGUGAAGCUCUCUGAGGAGGAAAGAUUUUGGGAGGAACAGCAGAGGGCCCAGGCCCAGGAGCCUGCCCAGGAUGCCAUCUCACGUGGCAGUGAAGAGAUGGUGUCGAGCCAUCAGUUUUGUGGAGAAGUGAAAACAGCUGCUGCCCCUGCAGUCCAGUGUCCAGUUUCUGUUGAGGAUGUGUCCGUGUAUUUCACUGAAGCUGAGUGGGCCCUGAUGGAUCCUGGCCAAAGAGCUCUCUAUGUGGAAGUCAUGCUGGACAACCUUGGGAGCGUGGUCUCUCUGGGGGGACUCCAGGAUUUGGAGUGGCAGCAAAGGCAGUGUACAGCACGGUGUGGUGGAGUGACCCAAUCCACAGGGCUGGUCCUGAGGCAACUGCAGCCGAUAUUGAGGCCACCAUGA